CGCUACCAUGGGAACGCAUACAGACAGAUACCACUACUGGUGUGCGGCAACCGAAGCCGCGAUUAUCGAGGCUCGCCUACAGCACCCGAAGGCCCUGAUUGUGCUCGUGGGGCACAUGAUGAGUGGCCGUAUGGCGUCGCAGAUUGGGUCCAGAAUACCACCGUCUGAGAGCAGACCUCUAGCAAAUGCGGUGAUUAAUCUCGGCUUCCCACCCCACACAGACAAUCAUAAUACAACCACCGACACACCAAACCCUACCCCAAACCCUACACCCAUCCCCACACCAACCACUACAGCCCCCCCCACCACCCACCCUCUCGACCACGCAGAUGCCCACGAAG